AUGAGUGCCGUGUUCUGCGGGCCGUGGAAGGACGAGGAAUCUUCGUCUCGUCAAGCGGUGGCGAACACAUCGUCCAACGAUACCCGAGCCUACACCAUCCAGGUGUCGACGUACCAGAUGUGCUUACUGAUGCUGUUCAACAGCCGCGACAAGAUGUCUUACGAUGAGAUCGCGUCCGAGACGGAGAUCCCCGAGAAAGACCUCAUUCGCGCCCUGAGUUCGCUAUGCACGGGCAAGGCCUCCGAACGCGUGCUUACCAAGACGCCCGACACGGCGGAGGUUCAGAGGGACAACGUUUUCGCCGUCAAUGGCGCCUUCAUGUCUAGCCGGCAGAUAGUCAAAAUUCAGUCGUGUCAAAAGGAUUCCGCUGAUACGGAGUACGAUAAGUCACUAGUGGCCAACCUGGGUCAAGAGCGAAAGUAUAUGAUUGAAGCGGCCAUCGUGAGGAUAAUGAAGACACGCAAGAAAUUAUCGCACAACGACCUCGUUAUCGAGGUCAUGAACCAGCUUCGAGCAAGGUUUACUCCCAGUUCCGCUACGCUCAAGAAAGUAGUCGACGACCUCAUAGGCAGAGAGUACUUAGAGAGGGCUACCGAGGACCCAGGUGUGUACAUCUAUAUGCCAUGA